GGCGGGUGCGAGGCGGGUGCGAGGCGGCUCCUCCUCGUCGCGAACUCUCGGUGACCUUGGCCAAGUGGCUUCAUCUCCCCCCGAGCCGGCGCCUCCGUCUAUACAGUGCGCAUUAUAAGCCCUGCCUACUAGAUGGGGCGUUUCGAGGCUCAGUGGCGAGACCGCCGGAGGGGUGACUAGCAUGCAGAUACCCAUUCUCUGACUUGCUGGCCCUCUACUGACAUGGCCCACCGGGGUGGGGAGAGGGACUUCCAGACUUCAGCGCGGCGCAUGGGCACCUCGCUGCUCUUUCAGCUUUCAGUGCACGAGCGGGAGCUGGACCUGGUUUUUCUGGAUCAUAGCUAUGCCAAGCCGUGGAGUGCCCACCCAGAUGCCAGUAGUGCUCGCCCUACGCGCAUGCUCUUUGUUACUCCCCGGAGGCAGCAUGAAAGUACCAUUGAAUCAGACGUCCCAAUAGAUGUGGAGACAGUCACAUCAACUCCUGUGCCCCUCUAUGACAAUCAGAAGGCACGCAGCGUGAUGAAUGAGUGUGAACGGCAUGUCAUCUUCGCUAGGACCGAUGCAGAUGCCCCUCCUCCACCAGAGGACUGGGAGGAGCAUGUCAACAGGACUGGCUGGACAAUGGCCCAGAACAAGCUAUUUAACAAGAUCCUCAAAGCCCUGCAGUCUGACCGGCUUGCCCGCUUGGCCAAUGAAGGGGCUUGCAAUGAGCCAGUGCUGCGCCGUGUUGCUGUGGACAAGUGUGCGAGGAGAGUGCGGCAGGCUCUGGCAAGUGUGAGCUGGGACACCAAGCUGAUCCAGUGGCUGCAUACCACCCUGGUGGAGACCUUGAGUCUGCCCAUGCUGGCCGCCUAUCUGGAUGCUUUGCAGACACUGAAAGGGAAGAUCCCUACUUUGAUUGACCGGAUGCUUGUGUCAUCUAACACGAAGACUGGGGCUGCAGGAGCUGAGGCCUUGUCCCUCCUGCUGAAGAGGCCCUGGGAUCCUGCUGUGGGGGUACUUUCUCAUAACAAACCAAGCAAGCUCCCUGGCUCUCCUCUCAUUCUCAUUGCCUCCUCCGGGCCUUCUAGCUCCGUGUUCCCCACCUCACGCCGCCACCGCUUCUGGCAGUCUCAGCUCUCCUGCUUAGGCAAGGUCAUCCCUGUAGCCACCCAUCUGCUGAACAAUGGUAGUGGGGUAGGAGUUCUGCAGUGUCUUGAGCAUAUGAUUGGGGCAGUGAGAAGCAAAGUGCUGGAGAUUCACAGCCAUUUCCCCCACAAACCCAUUAUCUUGAUUGGCUGGAAUACAGGAGCUCUGGUGGCCUGUCACGUGUCAGUGAUGGAGUACGUCACUGCAGUUGUCUGCCUUGGGUUUCCUUUACUUACCGUGGAUGGUCCCAGAGGGGAUGUGGAUGAUCCCCUCUUGGAUAUGAAGACUCCAGUCCUCUUUGUCAUUGGGCAGAAUUCCUUGCAGUGUCAUCCCGAAGCCAUGGAAGAUUUCCGGGAGAAGAUUCGGGCUGAGAACAGCUUGGUGGUGGUUGGGGGAGCUGACGAUAAUCUCAGAAUAAGCAAAGCAAAGAAGAAAUCAGAGGGGCUGACUCAGAGCAUGGUGGACAGAUGUAUUCAGGAUGAGAUCGUGGACUUUCUGACUGGAGUGCUCACUCGCGCUGAGGGGCACAUGGGCUCUGAGCCUCGGGAUCAGGAUGCUGAGAAGAAGAAGAAGCCUCGGGAUGCAGCCCGAAGAGACCUGGCCUUUGAGGUGCCCGAGCGGGGCAGUCGGCCUGCCUCACCAGCUGCCAAGCUGCCUGCCUCACCCUCAGGCUCGGAGGAUCUUUCCAGUGUGUCUAGCAGCCCCACCUCCAGUCCCAAGACCAAAGUGACUACAGUGACCUCUGCCCAGAAGUCCAGUCAGAUCGCGAGCUCUCAGCUCCUGAAGAGACAUGUGCAGCGCCCAGAAGCUGUGCUGACCCACAAACAAGCCCAAGUUCCCAUUUCAUCAGAACAAACGGAAGAGGCAGAGAAAGAGGAUCUUAGGGUCCAGCUGAAGCGCCACCAUCCCUCCAGUCCUCUUCCUGGCAGUAAGACCUCCAAGCGACCGAAGAUUAAGGUCUCCCUUAUCUCCCAAGGGGACCCAGCUGGAGGGCCUUGUCCUCCUUCCCAAGGAGGAGCUCCAGAAGCUGCGGGAGGGAAGCCCAUCACCAUGACACUGGGGCAGGCUUCAGCAGGGGCCAAGGAGCUCACAGGGCUUCUCACCACUACCAAGUCAAGUGCUUCUGAAGGGGGCGUCUCAGCCAGCCCAGCCUCCUCAGUGUCCAGCAGCACCACACCCAGUGCCUUGCACACACUUCAGAGCCGUCUGGUGGCCACCUCUCCUGGCAGCUCUCUCCCAGGGGCCACACCAGCCAGCAGCCUCCUUCAAGGCCUCAGCUUCAGCUUGCAGGAUAUCAGCAGCAAAACCUCUGGCCUCCCAGCAAAUCCUUCCCCAGGGCCAGCCCCACAGGCCACCGGUGUGAAGUUGCCCACCCCCAUGCAGAGCCUGGGUGCCAUCACCACGGGCACCAGCACCAUUGUCCGUACCAUUCCUGUGGCCACCACUCUCUCCUCCUUGGGUGCCACUCCUGGUGGGAAGCCCACAGCCAUCCACCAGCUGCUGACCAAUGGGGGCCUCGCUAAGUUGGCAAGCAGCCUCCCUGGCCUGGCUCAGAUCUCUAACCAAGCAUCAGGCUUGAAGGUCCCUACUACCAUUACUCUGACACUGCGUGGCCAACCAAGCCGAAUCACUACGCUGAGCCCCAUGGGCUCGGGAGCAGCCCCGUCAGAGGAGUCCAGCUCCCAGGCUCUGCCGUCCAGCUCACAGCGCCUGCCUCCAGCACCCUGAAGAUGCCAAGUGCUAUAUCUUCUUUACCGGGUUGGUGAUGGCUGCCGUGCGGUGAGCCCUGGGCACACGUGCUAUCCUGCUGAGCUGUCCACUUGUCUGAAGACCUCUUAAGAUUGCCAUUUUUGCCUCCCUGCCAGCUGUUUUCAGAAUGGGCCUCUGGGUCUCAUGAAACCAUUAGAUUAGGUGAUAUGGUGCACCAGCAAGGGGAACGUUGUCCUGUGGCAUCUAUGGGUCUGGUUCCUGGCAUCCCCAUGUUCCUCAGCAGAUCUGGCUGUACAUGGAUCAGAGGCAUUUCUUCUCCAGCAUUAACUGUGACUGACCCAAGUAGCUGUGUUGGACUGCUCACUGCAUUUAAUAAAGGAGUUCCUUUUGGAAGUCUGUGCUGCCCCCAUGCCAAGUUGGGAGGAGACGUCCAUACGGUCUGGGGCUUAUUAGGGAGUUAGGAUUGAGAGCCCUUUGCUGAGGCCCCGGGAUCAUCCCGGCCCAUCGACAGUUGUGCAGUGCCAGAGGGCUGGUUUUGGACAUCACUGUUGCUUUCACUGAGCAGCCAUGGGAGAACGUGUCCCAUGCAACUCCUCCCUCUUAAGAACCAUAUUAGACAAUGAGUAGCCUGCUGAGACCUGGGAACUCUUUAAGUCCAAACCCAUGAUAGGGUAAAGAGGACUGGGCUGUCAUCUUUCAUUCCCUUUGGCCACUGUAGAUGGCGGGAAGCAGCUGUUGCCAGGAGGUGAAAUCUGGCCCCUUUCCUUUUUUCAUCCUGCUUCGGGCAGUUCCUGUAUCCAGAAAAUCCAGAAAGGCCAAAGAAGAGGAAUGGAACAAAUGAAGUGGUUUGAAGGAUGUUCUAGUAAGUCCUGUGGAGAAAAUGAUUGGGGCAUGAAGCUUUGCACCUAUUACCUAAGGAACUGUUGAUUCGACAUGUAGAUGAGAAGAAUUUGCCAAGUCACAGGGGAGAAAGCCCAACCCCUGAAAUGUCCAUCUCCAGUGUGUGGAGGUGAAACAGGGAUAACCAGCUAAGUUAAGAUCUUGGUGACCCAGGAAGCUUAGGCAUCAACAUCAUGAAGGCCAUGCUUUAGUGUUUCUAUUUCCACUCCAUGCAACUUCUUGUCUUCUUGCUUAGAAUUGGGAAAGUUAUUGGUAUUGACUCUUACUCUGCGGGGCUCUUGGUACCAGCCUGAGCUCUGGAGAAGUGAUCACUGGAGAUGGAGCUCUGAGCCCGCCCUUAUGUCUUCACAAUACUUGUGUGCCAAGGUAGUUUUAGAUUUGACGUCAUACCUGCCCUCCAGAUCACGUCCCUGCCCUUCCAUACUCUAGAAUGUUUCCUGCCAAGGUGACAAUAAAUAGAGCAACCCAGAGGUGAUGCUCACUGUUCAGUAUCUGUAGGCAGGAGGGUGCACAGUGUGCUGUGGCCAUGGUCCAGGAUCUUGACCCAUGCAGCAUAUAUCCAAACCAGGCUACCUGUCUUUAGUCCAGGAGCCUCGCUUGCCAGUCUGACUGGCAGCCAGGAGGGAGUACCUAGUGUGUAGGAGUCUGAAACAAGGCAGAAAGGGGUGCUGUGGGCAGAGAGGGGGACAUGUGUGAUAGGUAAGAGAGAGUAUCUUGAACGCCAGGCCCUCCCUCCCUGACUUCCUGCAGAGCUGGUCUCAGCAGUGAUUUGCACAAAAUUAGGCUUCGUUCUUGAAAUAGCUUGUAGGUAACUGCUUUUGGAAUUCAUUUAGUGAGUUUGAGGAAGAUAUAAAAUCUGAAAGAGGCAUCCAUAGGUCAGGGGUUUGGUAACUUUACAGGUAGGAUUAUACACCAAUAGACCCCAGGACAGUAAGACUGUGUGAGACUAUAUGAAGCUUUUAGGAAUCAUUGAGGACAGGCAGGGGGUCCUGAACAACCCACUCAUGACUUAGGAGUACAGCUUAGACAGUGCUGGAGUGGUUGCUCCUGAAAGAUGCUGGCCCAGUGUAUGCUGGGGCCAAGGGAAAAACUAAUGGAUUGUCCUGUGUUUGUGCAAACCCUAGUAUGCUUCCCAUGGAUAAUUUCCUGAGGCUUGGGUUGUACACCUUGAAGAAAGCCAAACCUGAAAAGGGGAGUUGUGAGAACACGGACUCUUUCUCACCUUGGAGGGACAGACUAAAGGGGGAAGUGGUUGAAGUCCAGAGUCAUGUUCUUCAACUCCACACUUCUGCACCCACUCUUCUCGAAAUGCAAAAGGAAGCUUUCCUCUACCUAUCACGUAUCAGACUAGAGUCCAUAACCUCAGAAGGCAAUACUACCGGCUGAGAAUGUAGAAGGAUCAGGAAGGCUUUAGCUAAAUUCUUGACAUUCAACAUGACAGGUGCAUGUUGAUGCCCUAUGGAAGAUGUCCUUGUGCUUUAAGAGGUCACUGAGAGAGGAAGAUCUGCUUGUUCUUGGCCCCACAACCAGAACAGUCUUGGGCUGGGUGGGUUAUAAAGCUGAGCCACUGUCACGGUUCUGUUCUUACAUUAGCUGUAAAAACAAACAAAAUAAAAGCAACUUUGGAUUUCUUCA